AUGACCCAUCCGGAGAAUACGACGGUGUUUGUGGGUGGGCUGCCUGGGAGCGUGGGGAGGGAGGAGCUGGAGAGUGUCUUUAGACCGUUUGGGGAGGUUACUUAUGUCAAUGUCCCUCCUGGCAAAGCCUGCGGAUUCAUCUCAUUCGAUAAUCGCUCGUCGGCCGAAUGGGCGAUAGAGCAAUUACAGGGGUUCUGGCUGCAUGGCGCACAGCUCAGACUGUCAUGGGGUCGAGCACAAGGUCAGUGUGGUCUUCGUGGUCGCGGGGUCAGCGGCGCCAGGCCAGGUAGCGGACUGCAAGAGAUGAACCCGAGCUGA